AUGGAGCGCACGUUCCAGACAAUGCCGAUCGACGACGGGAUUCGCUAUUGGGCGUUGGUCAACAACGAAACGCACUGGUCCAUCAACAUGGUGUUGCAGCUUUUUCGAAGAGCAGGCGUUCGCGUGCCUCGAUCCGCCGGAACUUUGCUGCGCACCAAGAGACAUGCGUCUAGUGAAAUUGCUGAACUUGGCGGUGGGCACUAUUGGUAUAACGGGUUUGAGAAAACGUUAUUAUCGUAUUUCAGAUAUGAUGCUCCACCAGUUGAGCAGUUCACGUUGACGCUGUCGGUUGAUGGGUUGCCGCUGCACAGGAGCGGAGCAAUGCAAUUUUGGCCAAUACUUUUCGCCGUCGACGAGUUGCCGGCAGCUCCAGUAAUGACGGCGGCCAUCUAUUGUGGGCUCACAAAGCCCACAAGUAUCGAAAUGUACCUGCGCCCAGCGAUCAAUGAGCUGAACGGCCUUUUACGAAACGGUAUGCUUCUAAACGGGAAGCAUAUCACCGUUAAGGUUCGUGCCAUUGUCGCUGACACUCCUGCCAGGGCAUUUGUAAAAGGCGUGGCUGGUCACACCGGUUACUGGAGCUGCCAGAAGUGUACGGUGCGGGGAACGUACAAUCGCCAGGGUCACACGAUGGUGUUUCCGUACGAGCGUGCCCCGAAGCGCACGGACCAGAGCUUCCGGGAUAAUGUUCCGGCGGGACACCGGAAGGGUGAUACACCGUUGCUCGAACUGGACAGGUUCGACAUUGUCGAAGCUGGACCUCGGCAACAUAAAGCGAAAUUUAAUGGGGUGGCGCGACGGGAAACUGGGCAAAACACACUGGAAACCGAAUCAAUGGGAGCAGAUUUCAUCGUCGCUACAGCUUACUGCCCAGCCCUGUGA